CCCCACGUGGGGCGGCGGCGGCGGGUAGGAGCGGUUCCCACCCGAGCCCGCGGGCUUCCUGGGCUCUCCUCCGGCCCGAUGACCAGCGGCCCCGGUGCUAGAGCCGCGGGAACCCGUUGCUAAGGACUCUAGCGCCUGUGCUUUCGUCUUGGUCCCCGCCUUCCCUGACUGACGACCUUGGCCGAGAGUAGCCUUCGUAGGCCUUAAAUGCAGCCGCCCACCCCAUCUCCUCCAAUUUAAAACUCAUUUUUCGCUGCUGGUUUCUACAGGACUUCCUCAUUUUCCAGCCUUGACAGCACCUGGUCGUGGACACUACUGCCCUUGGUUAUCUUAAAGUGCUAGUGCUGUUAGGGAUUGGAAAGGUGGAAUUUAAGGGGUGAAAGGGAAGCGAUGCAGAAAUCUGAGUGUCCUGGACGUGUACAGUUGAGAAACAAAGCAACAGGAACUUGUGCUGACAGGACAUCUUCCCGGGCCCAAGUGCAGCCAAGAAGUACCAUUCAGCAGAGCAAGUCCUCAUCUUCCACCAGUUCUCCUGAGGCUGCAAGGAGACUCCAUCCUCGACCCAGUGAUAAACUCAACCCAAAGACAAUUAACCCUUUUGGGGAGCAGUUGAGAGCCCCUUCUGCAUUUGCAGCUAUUUACUCUAAAGGAGGCAUUCCUUGCAGAUUGGUACAUGGAUCAGUGAAACACAGACUGCAGUGGGAAUGCCCUCCUGAAAGUCUCCCAUUUGAUCCUCUUCUUGUCACUUUUGCUGAGGGUCUGAGAGAGACAAAGCAUCCUUAUACCUUUGUAUCGAAGGAAGGCUUUAGAGAAUUACUUUUAGUCAGAGGUGCUUGUGAAAAAGCUGUACCAUUGCUCCCAAGACUGAUCCCUGUGCUAAAGGCUGCUCUGGUCCAUCCAGAUGAUGAUGUGUUUGAAAGAGGACUUGGUGCACUGGUACAGUUAAGUGUGGUUGUUGGUCCUGCUCUGAAUGAUCACUUGAAGCAUCUACUUACGAGUCUUUCCAAGAGGCUAAUGGACAAGAAAUUUAAAGAGCAGAUCACCAGUGCAUUACAGAAGCUUGAGCAGCAUGGCGGGAGUGGAAGCCUUAUUAUUAUCAAAUCCAAAAUACCCACAUAUUGCUCCAUUGGUUGUUGAAUAAGGAAGCCAAGAAAAGUCAUCUCUUUUAUCAUAUACAGCAGAUCUCCAUGGAACCUUUAUUCAGUUCAGUUUGCUGUGAAUCACAGCCACCAUUCAUUAUUUACUAGGUGAAAAGAGUGUGUGUGAUCCAGCUGAAUCAUAGUAAGAUAAAACUUGUUCCCCAAGAAAGGACCGCUGAUAAUGGCAAGUAAUUAAUAAUUUCAAUAAAAGUUCCAAUUUUCUUACUUUUUUUUUCUCAUUUGUUACUUAAUUUGUAAGAUCACCUGUUUUUAUAUUUAUUUCCUACUGCAUUUUUAUUUAUAACGCCUUUGACAAUCAUUCUAUAGUUUUAUACUUAAUUUAUAGAUUGUGGGCCAUUUCUUGGGUUUUAUGUUUAUCAAGACUGAAGAAGUUUACAGAGUGGAUACACAGCUGUGGGUUCACUUUAAUUAUGAUUUGUAAAUAAGUGUUUUGUGAUAUAGAAUGCUUGAGAAGUCCAAUUUGUUAUAUGCAUGCCAUUUUGGUUAUAAGUAUGUUGUUUAUUACAAUUUUUUUAAAACUACCUAAAUUGAAGUAAAUGUUAUUUUUGCAUUCAAAGCCUGAAAACACUGAUGUACAUAUGAAGAUAUUCAAAAAUUAAACUUAAUAAUUCUAUGUUUUGAACAA